GUGUCACCACUGACGCCGACAGCUCCGGUGACUCUGACGACACCGUCAUCGAGGAGGCGCCGGGCGAGGCCCCCCCUGCUGUCCCCAGAGAUGUCCCCAGGGACGUCCCCGGGGCUGUCCCCGCUGUCCCCAGGGAUGUCCCCGCUGUCCCCAGGGAUGUCCCCGUCCCGCCGGGGUCCCCCCCCGCCGCCUCCCGGGACUGGGAGCGCUGGGAGCAGGAGCAGCAGACCCUGCGGGCGCUGCGGGAACUGGGGGAGCCCCCCCGGCCCCCCCCCGGCCGGGCCCCUCCCCCGCCUGGCAGCAGUGCAGGAGCUGCUGUUUUGGCGGGACGUGAAGAAGAGCGCGGUGGCCUUCGGCGCCAGCCUGGUGCUGCUGCUGUCCCUGGCCACGCUCAGCGCUGUCACCGUGGUGGCACACGUGGCGCUGGCCCUGCUCUCGGUCACCAUCAGCCUCCGUGUCUACAAGGCCGUGGUGCAGGCCCUGCAGAAAUCCGAGGAGGGGCACCCCUUCAAAGCUUACCUGGACCUGGACGUGACGUUGUCCCCCGAGACCUUCCAGGCGCACGCGGCCGUGGUGGCCCAGCACCUCAACCGGGGCCUGCAGCUGCUCAUCCACCUCUUCCUGGUGGAGGAUCUGGUGGAUUCCCUGGAGCUCGCCCUGACCAUGUGGUUGAUGACCUACGUGGGAGCCGUUUUCAACGGCAUCACCCUCCUCAUCCUCGCUGACAUCUUGGCCUUCACCCUCCCGCCCCUGUACGAGAAAUACGAGGUGCAGAUCAAUCACUACAUGAGCCUCAUCCGCCACCAGACCAAGGACCUCAUGGCCAAGAUCCAGGCGAAGCUCCCAGGUCUGGCCAAGAAGAAGCCGGAAUAAACCCCAGGGUGGGGGAGGGGAAUUUGGGGGUACCCAGGGGUGCCCCCCCACUCCAAGCUUGUCUUUCCCUCCCCCCCCCAACUCCACCCACCCCCCCAGACUUGUUCCUUUCCCCCAGUCUCACAGUGAUGUCCGUCUGUGCCCCCCCCAGUUGAAAUUGGGGGGGGGCUGAACCCCAAAAUCGCCCCCCCUGGGGGGGCUCCCCCCAAACCACCCCCCGGGGGGCCCCCCCCAAGCUCGUUCCCCCCUCCCCACUUUUAUUUUUUUAUCGUUAAUUGAGGUGAAAUGUCUGUAACUGCUGUAAAUGGGUGAGGGGGGGGCUCAGCCCUUCCCACAGCCCCCCCAAACUGCGCCCCCCGAGCCCCCCCUCACUGCGGGGGGGGGGUGGGAAAUGGGGGAGACCCCCCCCCCCAAAAUCCACCCGCGGGGCUGCGGCUACAAUAAAACAUCGCCACAA